AUGAGUAAUUUAAAGGAUAAACAGUAUAUGCUUGUUAGUGCCAUUGGAAUCUUUGUAUGUUACUUCUAUUUUGGAAUCAUGCAAGAAAAAAUCACAAGAGGGAGAUAUGGAACGGAAGAGAAUGAAGAUGGUACAAUCGGUGAUAGAUUUACUUACACGUUAGCUUUAGUGGCUGUUCAGUGCAUGUUUAACUACUUAUUUGUCAAAGCUAUUCUUAUCGUUAAGCCACAACAAAAAGACACGACACAUACAGGAUAUUAUGCGAGUAGUGCUUUGACGUAUUUACUUGCUAUGGUCAGCAGUAAUAUGGCAUUAAGAUGGAUCAACUAUCCAACACAAGUUGUAGCAAAAGCAGCCAAACCAAUUCCAGUUAUGAUUCUUGGUGUAUUGAUUGGCAGAAAGUCAUAUUCACUGAGAAAAUAUUUAUUCGUACUUAUAAUCGUUAUUGGUGUUGUCUUGUUUAUGUACAAGGAAGGCAAGGUCAAUAAAAACUCGGAGAAUGCUGGCCUUGGAGAAAUUUUAUUGUUUCUUAGCUUACUUAUGGAUGGACUCACAGGCGCUAUACAAGAGAGAAUGCGUGCAUCAUCUAGGCCUUCUGCUCAACAUAUGAUGCUAUCCAUGAAUUCAUGGAGUUCAGUAAUGCUUGGUGCUGCACUUCUUGUCACCGGCGAAGGAAAAGAAUUUUUUGUAUUUGCGCUCAAGCAUCCUGAAUUAUUUACUCAUUUAAUAUUAAUCUCUAUAGCUAGUGCUUUUGGUCAAUUAUUCAUAUUUAUGAUGGUAGCCGGUUUCGGUCCACUACCAUGCUCCAUUGUGACAACAACUCGAAAAUUCUUUACAGUCUUAUUUUCCGUUCUAUUCUUUGGCAAUGUGCUGAUUGGAAGGCAAUGGUUUGGUGCAAUUUUAGUAUUUGUUGGACUCUUUGCUGACAUGUUCUAUGGCAAGAAGGAAGUAAAUAGCAAAAAGCCCGAAAACAAAAAGCUAAUUGAGAGCGAGAAAUGA